AUGGCUUGUGUUGCAACCGAAUGCGAUGUCGCAGCUUCCGUAGACAGCAUCUUGAAGGAUGCGCAAAAACACAGGACAAGUUUCACUGAGGAAUGGCGGAUUCGUCAUGAGCAGCUCAUCGAUGCAAUUCGGACGCUGCAUAGGUGUGCCGAACACCCUGCUGAGGCCCUCACACACCCCGUCAUGCCCCCGGUGGACGCCGUGGAGGUCGACCACA